AUGGCUUCUAACCAGGAGGUCUCUACCCAGGACACCUCUAACCAGCAUGCCUCCGCCUCCAGCCAGGCUCCUGAGAACCAGGCUGCGUGGCUUACUGCCAAAUCAGCUCGCCCCCUCAAGGUCAGUGUCACACCAUUCACACCUCCAACUGCCCAUCAAAUUGUUGUCAAGAAUGGUGCUGUGGCUGUGAAUCCCGUUGAACGGACCAAGAAGUUGAUGGGCAAGAUGGUGUUCCCCUGGAUCAAGUGCCCGUUUGUGCUCGGAAAUGAUUGUGCCGGUGAGGUUGUGCAGGUUGGUGACAUGGUCAGUCGCAUCAAGGUUGGUGAUCGGGUUCUUGCUCACGCCCUCUCCAUGGAUCCAGCUGUCAACAAGUCGUCUGAGGGUGCUUUCCAAAACUACACCGUGAUUCGUGAGAACAUGGCCACAGUGAUUCCGGAUUGGCUCUCUUACGAAGAGGCUUGCGUUAUUCCCCUCGGUCUGUCCACUGCCGCGACCGCCUUGUUCGAUCGAGACUUUUUAUUCCUCAAUCUCCCCGGUAGUCCGCUGCUCAACGGCCCAGAAUGGCUUCCCGAGGCGGUCCUGGUGUGGGGUGGAUCGACCAGUGUGGGUUGCAACGCCAUCCAGCUCGCCGCAGCAGCUGGUUACGAGGUUAUCACCACUUGCCCUCCCAAAAACUUCGAAUAUGUCACUAACCUUGGCGCGUCUUCGGUCUUUGAUUAUCGCGACAAGCUCACCAUCCAGCAAAUCGUUGACCUUCUCGAGAACAAGAAGGUUGUUGGCGCCAUCGCUAUUGGAAACGACUCGACCGAAGCUUGCAUCGAAGUCCUCAUGAGAACAGAGGGCUCGAAGUUCGUGGCUCGGGCCAGCUUCCCAUUCCCGGAAAGAAUUCCAACCACAACCUUCCAGUUAUUCCGUGCUAUGGCAGCCUCAAUUCGAGCAAACAUCAAGAUCCUCAUCAAGUCCAAGCGCAGUGGCGUGAAAACCAAGUUCAUUUCCGGUACCUCUGUGGCCCAUACCCAGGUUGGCGCUAUGAUUUAUAACCAAUUCCUCCCCGGAGCUCUUGCCACUGGUGUCUUUGUUGCUGCUCCUAAGCCGCGUGUUGUGGGGAAGGGUCUGGAACAAAUUCAAAAUGCUAUGGAUUGUCACAUGAGGGGUGUGUCUGCUCAGAAAGUUGUUGUCUCGCUUUGA